CCUGUUCUCAUCUAGCAAGCCGAGACGCGAGCGCCAAGGCCUUUUAAAUGCCACAAACAAACGAACUGUCGUCGUCAUGGUAACCGUUUGUUACAGACACGCCGCGCGUUUUGACAAGUAGAUAGAGGUUAACUAGCGGCAAGAGCUUUUCUUCAGACAGAAACUGAAAGAAAAUGCGGUUCAUACCUACAUGGGUUGAUAAGAUACAGGAUAGUGAGAAAGUCGGGCAGAGCAUCCACGAUCUCUGCUUCAACCCGGAUGGCACUCAACUUAUAGUAGCAGGAGGAAAGCAUGUUCUAGUGUACAAUACUAGUGACGGAAGUCUAGUGAAACUACUUAAAGAACAUAAAGAUACUGUACAUGCAGUGUGUUAUGCAAAGAAUGGUGAAAGAUUUGCUAGCGGCAGUGCCGACAAAACGGUGAUUAUCUUUUCGAGUCGCUUAGAAGGACUGCUAAAAUACAACCACAGUGACAGUGUACAAUGUCUAGCUUUCAACCCUCUAUCUCACCAGCUAGCCUCAGGAUCUUUAUCGGACUUUGCGAUUUGGAGCACAGAACAAAAAGCCGUACAGAAGCAUAAAACUGGAGCUAGAGUAAAUGCUUGUUCGUGGACUAACGAUGGUCAAUAUUUGGCUCUGGCAUUGAAUAAUGGGACAGUAUCUAUCAGAAACAAGUUAGGAGAAGAAAAAAGUAAAAUAGAACGACCUGGAGGAACUUCGAUAUGUGCGAUUAGCUGGAGCACUAGUAAGGAUGAUCAAACAGACACCCUUUGUGUGACAGACUGGGGCAAGCACAUGUCGUUCUACACCUUGGGCGGGAAGCUGGUAGGCAAAGAGAGAAACAUCGGCUUUGAGGCACUCAAAGUGAGGUACUUUCCUCACGGAGACUACAUCCUCGCUGGAGGCUUGAACAAAGCCUGCAUUAUGUACACCAAGGACGGGAUAAAAUUGGGCGUGGUGGGAGAACAGCAGAACUCGUGGGUUUGGUGUUGUGAUGCUCAUCCGUCUGGAAAUUUUGUGGCGAUGGGAUGCGAAGAUGGUACAAUCUCGUACUAUCAUUUGGUGUUCAACAUGGUACACGGUCUGUACAGAGAAAGAUACGCGUAUAGAGAGCACAUGACAGACAUCAUAAUCCAACAUCUAAUCACGGAACAAAAAGUUAGGAUAAAAUGCAGGGAUCUCAUCAAGAAAAUCGCCAUAUAUACGGAUAGACUUGCAGUACAACUACCAGAAAGGGUGGUAAUCUACGAACUGUACUCCAAAGACUCGAACGAUAUGCAUUAUAGGGCUAAGGAAAAGAUCAUGCAGAAACUUGAUUGUAGUCUGUUGGUAGUGUGUACGGAUCAUUUGGUGAUCUGUCAAGAGCAGACUUUGCAAAGCGUUUUCUUCAACGGUGAACGAGAAAAAGAGUGGAGGUUCGAUAGCCCUAUAAGGUACAUCAAAAAUAUUGGAGGAGUUCCCGGUAAGGAAGGAAUGUUAUUAGGACUAAGGAACGGACAAGUUUGGGAGGUUCACUUAGACAAUAUGCAUCCCAUGCUGAAGGUGACUGUAAACGAAAGUGUACGAUGUUUAGACAUGAGCCAGAGAAAACAAAAACUAGCUGUGGUAGACGACAAUGGUCUAUGUCAAAUAUUUGACUCUAGAACAAACGAACUAUUAUAUCAAGAAAACAAUGCUAACAGCGUUGCAUUUAACAGUCUAUACGAAGACAUGUUGGCUUUCAGCAGCUCCAGUACCCUUUCUAUAAAGGUAUCUGAUUUUCCGUCUCACACUCAAACGAUGAGCGGUUUUGUUGUCGGUUUCAUGGGUUCCAAGGUAUUCUUCCUCAACGGUUUCUCCAUGACCACGUUAGAAAUUCCGCUCAGCGCUCCCAUGUACCAAUACAUCGACAAAAAGAUGUUCUAUGAGGCAUACAGGGUUGCUUGUCUUGGAGUGACAGAUGGCGAUUGGGAAGAAUUAGCUUAUGCAGCAUUGGAGGCGUUGGAUUUUGAAGUUUCCAGGCUAGCUUUUGUAAAGCUUCAAGACUAUAGUUACCUAGAGUUGAUUCAAGAGUUAAUGGAGCUACAAAGAACAGGAGACUAUCCAAGAGAAGCCAUGAUUGGUGACGUCUAUGCUCAUAGGAAUAGACUGAAAGAAGCUGCAAAGAUGUACCAAAAGGCCGGUAAAGAGUAUAAGGCUUUUGCCAUGUACAUGGAUCUAAGAAUGUUCGACGAGGCCCAAGAAUACCUUAGCUCAAGUGACAACGUAGAUCUAAUCAGGAAGAAAGCCGAUUGGGCAAGGAACAUCAACGAGCACAAGGCGGCUGCUGAAAUGUACCUGUCAAUCGGAGAUAUCCAGGAAGUGGUGGACAUCUAUGCCGAGAAAGGGUGGACUGAUCAACUAUCAGAACUGUCUAGGAAGAUAGAUAAAAGUGAUCGGGCGGCUCUUACGGGAAUAGCUAAGCAUUUGGAGAGAUUAGGUCGUCCCCAAGACGCCAUCGACGUCUACCGUCGCCUAGGAGACUCCGAAUCCGUCCUCCGUCUCCACGUGGACGCCAAAGAAUGGAAAGAAGCGUUCGCGAUCGCCCAGACGCAUCCCCAACACGCCGCCGCUGCGUAUGUCGCGUACGCGCGUUGGCUGGCAGAAAACGACGACUUUUUGCAGGCGCAAAAGGCGUUUCAUAAGGCCGGAAGGCAACAGGAGGCUGCCAGGGUGUUUGGGCAGCUCACGGAGAACGCUGUGGCGGAAGGAAGAUAUCGAGAUGCAGGCUACUAUCACUGGGUGAUGGCGGGUCAAUACCUCGAUCUAGCAGCCGAAAAUGAAGACAACAGGGCAGAAGAUCUGGAGAAGUUUAAAAUCAACGAAAAACUAGCAGACAUCUACUACGCGUACGACAUUGUCCACAAAUAUCUAGAAGAACCUUUCACAUCUUACAUGCCCGAAGCUUUGUUCAACAUUGCCAGAUUUGUUAUGGUCAGAACUGAUAAGAAGAGACCCAAAGGAGUUUCCACAUUCUCAGUUUGGUACACACUAGCAAAGCAAGCUAGAAAACUCGGAGCCAAUAGAUUGGCCAAACAAUUGCUGGAUAAGAUUCAUACAUUGAGAAUUCCAACAAAGUUCCAGGAACAGGCGGAAAUUGCUGCUGUAGCAUGUAGAUCCAGACCUUUCAGUGAUCCAGAAGAAUUGUUACCAAUGUGUUACCGAUGCUCUACUUACAAUCCUUUGCUGACAGCAGCGUCUGACGCUUGUACAAACUGUGGACAAAGCUUUCAACAUUCGUUUGUCAGUUUUGAACCACUGCCAUUGGUUGAGUUCCACGUGGAGGAAGGGAUUAGCGACGAAGAGGCAGUCAGGCUGAUCGAAGCACCUCCGUUGAGAAAAGAAGAGAAGGAGUGGAAAGAAGAUGUGGAAGAACAUCAACAAACUUUAAGGUUAUUCAACGACUCAGAAGAAAAAGAGGAAGAUCCAUUUGUUAUCAAAGUUGAUCGAGAUCACAAACCAGUCAUCGUAGGCAGGAAGACUCUCCUCAGCCUUGAUUCUUCAGCUGUUCUGAUCACAAAGUGGAGACCACCUUUGAGAUAUCAGUAUUAUAGGAACUUGCUCCCUGACGUUCGCAUCACAUCGUGUGAGACAUGCUUUAGAUUUUUCCACGUGGACGAUUUUGAACUGCAAGUGCUGCAACUUGGACAUUGUCCUUUAUGUAGAAGCUCACCAGACGGGCUGAACAACACCGAAGAUGCUAGUGAAGUGAUUCUAUAAUUUGUUUAUUUUACAGAAAAUUUAUUUAGUUUGUGAAGUUACUGUUGCAUAUUGUUCAUAUUUUAGUUAAAUAAAAUAUAU